UACAAAUGAACCAACCAGGGUGGGGCUUGUAGUUUGUCUACUCCCUCCCAUUGUAUGUCUGCUUAGAUUCACACUGGAGGUGACUGAGGAGCAAUCUGCAAGUCGGGCCUAUGGCUGCCUUAUAUCGGUUCCUGGUUUUAUUUAUCUGGCCAGUUCUCGCCUCUCUACUGUUCUGGACCAUAUUUGGUACGAGCACUAAUGAUUUGCUCCAGGAGUGCCUGAAAGACCCCAACUAUGAAGAGUUCCUGGACAUUGCCAAACAUGGAUUGCCAUCCUCUAAGACACCCAAUCGGAAACAUGUAGUGAUUGUUGGUGCUGGAAUGGCCGGCCUCUCUGCAGCCAAAACUUUGCAGGAUGCAGGACACAGAGUAACCAUAUUGGAAAGCAGUAAUAGAGUUGGAGGUCGUGUCUACACAUACCGAGAUCCAGAAGGCUGGUAUGCAGACUUAGGACCUAUGCGUCUGCCACCUUCUCACAGGAUUGUUCAUGAAUACAUUAAAGAGUUUGGGCUGAAACUAAACCCUUUUAUUACAUCUGAUGAAGACACUUUUUAUUUCUUCAACAAUAUAAGACGAACACACAAAGUUCCCGAAAAGACACCAAAUCUGUUCGGAUUCAAUCUGAGGGCUGAAGAGGAGGGUGAAUCUGUUACUGAUCUGUAUUAUAAAGCGGUGCACAAGUUCCUGAAAGAAACAAACAGAAAUUGCUCUGAAAUCUUGAAAAGAUUUGACAACGCUUCCGAGCGGUCCUUCUUGGCGGAGGAAGGACAUUUAAGCGCAGGAGCUCUUCAAAUGAUUGGACACUACAUGGGAAUAAAUGGUGAAUUUCACAUUUCAUUUUUGGAGUCACUAGUGGAUGAUUCAAUCUUCAACACCACCAGGAUGGAUGAGAUCACAGGAGGUUUUGACCAGUUACCAUUGGCUUUUUCACGCUACAUUGGAAGGGCCAUCAGACUAAAUUCUACUGUAGUUAAAAUAACAAGGAAUCAGAAAUCUGUGAUUGUCCAGUACCGUAAAGACAAGAGCUCUACUCCCACCAGCAUAUCCGCAGACUACGUCCUCAUUACCUCCACCGCCAAGGCCACCAGACGCAUACACUUCAGUCCUCCUCUGAGUAAUGACAAGUACAAUGCUCUGAGCUUCAUUCAUUAUGGAGGUGCCACAAAGAUUUUUCUGAGCUGCACCAAGAGAUUCUGGGAGAAGGAUGGGAUAGUCGGUGGAAAAAGUUCUACUGAUCGACCAUCCCGUAGCAUCUACUACCCAAGUCAUAACUUCACCAAUGGAAGAGGCGUCAUCCUGGCCUCGUACACUUACGAAGACGACUCAAUGUUUUUUUUGCCGCUCAGUGAGGAGGAUUGCGCUGAUGUCCUGCUGGAAGACUUGUCCAUCAUUCAUAGGAUACCGAAGGAGGAACUGAAAAAACUCUGCCCGAAGUCUGUGAUGAAGAAGUGGAGUCUGGAUCCAUAUUCCAUGGGAGCUUUUGCCUUUUUCACACCGUAUCAGUAUGGAGAUACAUAUGAAGUGUUGGCUGCACCAGAAGGCAGAAUUUAUUUUGCAGGGGAGCACACGUUACUUCCUCAUGGCUGGAUCGACACAGCUAUUAAGAGUGGUCUGAAGGCAGCAAAAGAGAUUCAUAGGGACGCCAACAUGUUCCUCCAUCAUUGAAUUCAACUUUAUUUGUGAAGAAUAGCUAUAAAUGCCAAAUUGUCAAGUUUAGAGAACAUAGCUGUACAAAAUAUACUCUGUAUCCAUGCUAAUGUGAAAAAAAUAUAUACAGCAAUACCAAUAAACAAAGUUCAAAAAGUAAAGGAUGUGUGUCGUCACUCAAGCAUAAUCCCCCAUUGAUCUUGAAAGGACAUCUGAUAUAAUAGGGAAAGAUGGCGUUGUUCAGAGGCGGCUCUAGACUUUGUGAGGCCUUAGGCGAAACUUGAACUUGAGGCCCUCACUGAGAUGUCGUCACUACGUAGUGUUGGUUGGCAGCACAG